AGGUGCUGCAAGAGGAGGAGCAACACAGGUAGCUUCAACGUCGCAUUCCUGAAGUAAAACGUAUUGUUGUUCGGAGCUGCAGUCAGUCAAGACAGAGGUAUUCUGUCUGAAGAAAUAUUAUACUAAGUUCGUCAGGUCUUCUCAACAACUUACUCUAAUACUGACAUGUCUUCUGUCAGCUGCCUGCUACAUGAAGAUCAGUUCCUCUGCUCCAUCUGUCUGGAUGUGUUCAGGGAUCCAGUCAGCACACCAUGUGGACACAACUUCUGUAAUACCUGCAUCAUUGACCACUGGAAUAGUAAUGACAAAUACCAGUGUCCUAUGUGUAAAGAGGCUUUUGCCACAAGACCAGAUUUGAAAGUGAAUACUUUACUCUCUGAGAUGGUGGCUCAGUUCAGACAGUCGGCUCAACAGAAAGCCAGAAGCAGCAGCAGCAGCAGCAGCAGCUCAGAGCAACAAGUCUUCAAAGCAGGAGAAGUUCCCUGUGACGUCUGCACUGAAACCAAACUGAAGGCCCUGAAGUCCUGCCUGGUGUGUCUGACCUCCUACUGUGAGACUCACCUGGAGCCUCAUCUGACAGCUUCAAGCCUGAAAAGACAUCAGCUGAUCGACCCUGUGGAGAACCUGGAAGACAGGAUGUGUCCGAAGCACGAUAAACCUCUGGAGCUGUUCUGUAAGACCGACCAGACAUUUGUGUGUCUGCUCUGCCAUGUUUCAGACCACAAGAUGCAUGAUGUGGUUCCUCUGGAAAAAGAAUAUGGAGAAAAGAAGGUCAAACUGUGGAAGACAGAGGCGGAAAUUGAGCAGAUCAUCCAGAAAAGACAACUGAAGAUUCAGGAGAUCACACGGUCAGUCGACCUUGGUAAAGAAGAUGCAGACAGACAGGUAGCAGAAGGUGUUCGGGUCUUCACUGCUCUGAAGGAGUCUGUUGAGAGAGGACUAAACAAGCUCAUUCAAACAAUAGAAGUGAGUCAGGAAAUGGCACAGAAACAGGCUGAGGUUUUAAUCAAAGAGCUGGAACAGGAAAUCUCUGAGCUGAAGAAGAGAAGCUCUGAGGUUGAGCAUCUCUUACGCUCUAAAGACUACCUCCAUCUUCUCCGAAGCUUCCAGUCCUUUAAAUCUGCUCCCCAUACAAAGGACUGGACAGAGGUCAGUGUCUGUCAAUCAUACGAGGGGACAGUAGUAAGAAAUGUGCGCCAGCUGGAGGAGACAAUCAGUAAAGAGAUUUUGAAGCUGCUUCCUGUGGCUGAGCUGAAGAGGGUCCAGAGGUACGCAGUGGAUGUGACUCUUGAUCCUGAUGCAGCACAAGCUGAACUCAGACUGUCUGAUGAUGGGAAAGAAGUAAAUCAUUGUGGUGGGAAGAAGAAGAAUCUCCCGGACAAUCCAGAGAGAUUUACUAAUCGUACUUUUGUUUUAGGAAAGCAGGGUUUCUCUGCAGGCAAAUUCUACUAUGAAGUUCAAGUUAAGGGGAAGAUCAACUGGGAUUUAGGAGUGGUCAGAGAGUCGAUCAACAGGAAGGGAGGAAUCUCAAUGAGCCCUCAGUAUGGCUAUUGGGCGAUAUGUUUGAGAAAUGGAAAUAGGUACAAUGCUCAUGCGGACCCUCCAGUCAGCCUCUCUCUGAAGUCUGUGCCUCAGAAGGUGGGGGUGUUUGUGGAUUAUGAGGAGGGUCUGAUCUCCUUUUAUGACGUAGAUGAUGCAGCUCUUAUCUACUCCUUCACUGGCUGCUCCUUCAACGGGAAACUGUUACCGUUCUUCAGUCCCUGUAAUAAUGAUGGUGGUAAAAACUCUGCACCUCUGAUCAUCUGUCCUGUCAAGGCCUGACCUUAUCAUGACUACUUUAUAGAACAAUAAAAGCAUUGACAACGGUACAUAUAGUCAUUAAAUGCGUCUUUUACCUUUCAUAUCCACAUUGUAAAUGUGUACGAGAAAACAUUUCAUUGCACAAAAGGAGCAGAAAAUAGGAUGCCAAUGGGUUACAGACAUACCAAAAACACAAGCCUGGCUGAUCCAUUUUUAAAUUAAAGUAUGUUUUGUUAAUUUUUGGUAAGAAAUGCUAAUGUUUGUGAGGUAAUGUGCAGUGAUGUGGUCAAUAAUGAAAAAAGAACACCCCCUAUACACGGCUACAUACUACAUUACAUUACUUGUUAUUUGUUAGACGCUUUUAUCCAAAGCGACUUACAUACUCAAUACUGUGGGCAAUCCCCACAGGAGCAAUUUGGGCUGAAGUGUCUCAGGGACACAACGACAUGCUGACUGCAGUGGGGUUUGAACCUGUGACCCCCAGAUCCCAACACCAAGGCACUAUCCACUGCGCAAAUAAACCUACAACUUGAUUCAGAAAAUUCAUUUAACAUUUUUUAUUGAUUAAAAAAGAUUGGUCAAUUUGCGGGCUAUUAGCGUAAAUUAGAAUGUCCAGCUGGACCAAUCAGAAUUGAGUAUUCACCUAAACUGUGGAAUAAUUAGUAUUAAUGCACUGUUCUUUAUCAUUUGUUUUAUGAGCUUUCUAUUUUUACUGUGUGUCAUAAAAGUUACGUUUUUUCUUACUGUUAAAACUGUCAAUUUGUUUUUAAAUGUAAUACUUCUUAGAGACAACAUCUUUUUUUUAGUGGUUUCUGUUUUGCUCCACAAUGUAGUGAUAAUUAUGAAUUGUUUACUUUGUGAAUCACUGGACUGGGGAUGCACUGAUAUGCGGUUAUUUUAGUUAGAUCUUAGUUAUUGGUAUGAAUGUUAUUUAGCUCUGGGAACUGUUCUGUUAAUCUCUUUGGAUGUUAAUAUACGCCAUGUCUUUAUUCAACUUUUAUAGAAAAACUUUGAUAACAUGCAAGCCUUGUCACAAAACCAUGAACAGUGUUGGUAUUGGUAAACAACCACGUGCCUUCACAACAACAAUACAGAUAAUUAUUGAGUAUGUGAGGGAGAAUCUCAUACUCAACUGAAAAUGAGAAAGAGCUACUAAAUCAAACAAUAUACAAUGUAAUGAUUAUGAAUCAUUUCUACUAUAUUUCUAGUUUUGUAUCUAUUUGUCUUUUUUUAAUAAAAUGUUUUAUAUGAAG